CGCUCCACUGCCAUGAGGUACCUGGUCCACAGCACCCACGCCCAGCUCGGGGCCCUCUGGCUGAGCUGCGUGGGCUGGGUGCUCACCGCCGUGGCCCUGGGACUCAUCCAGUGGAGGGUUUGGCUGGUGUCUGACAGGGGGGUCAUCAGCUCCGGAGUGGCCUGGGUGGGGGUCUGGCGGGCCUGCUUCCACAGCCACACCCUGGUGACCCAUGGCUUCAGGGUCAUGCACUGCAGGUCCAUGAGCCUGGCUGAGGCCUUCACGCCUCCGGAGAUCGGGGCAGCUCAGGUUCUCAUGAUCCUGUCUCUGGUCCUGGGGCUGUGUGGGAACGCCGGGGGGGUUUAUGCCUUGAGGAACAUCUACUUCAGGACGCAGGAGGACUCCCCAGUCCGCUUGGCGUUCUUCACCACCGGCGUGCUGUGCCUGAUGGCCGCCGUGAUGUCACUCAUACCUCUCCUGUGGAACCUGAUCUCCGUGGUAACAAAUCAGCCAAUAGAGUUCCCCCCCGAGUUCAACAUGCCCCCGGCUCCUGAUUCUCAGCAUGUGGGGUGCGGCAUCGGGGUCGGGAUGGUGGGGACGGUCCUCAUGAUGGUCUCUGGGGUUAUUUUCUGUAUGUACAGGUUCCCCGUGAGGUCACAGCACCCGGGUGGGGCAUCACCCGCUCCAUCAGUGAGUGGCAGCAAGGGGGCCGCGGUGGAAGAUAACCCGGCAUUCGAGUCUCACGAACACUUGUGAUUGGUCGGUUUGGAUGUUCAAUGACACGUGAGCUCACAGAGGAAAAUAAUACGAAUGACAACUUUCAGGUUUCAUUUGCAAAUUGAGAUUAAAGAAAGAAAAGUUGAAGAAGGAACGUU